AUGCCGAACUGGGACCCGGAUACCUUGGUUGCGCCGGACUGGCUCAACAACGGCGACAAUGCCUGGCAGUUGACCGCAGCUACCCUUGUCGGGUUGCAAUCUGUUCCAGGACUUAUGGCCAUGUAUGCUGGCUUGGUCAAGAAGAAAUGGGCUAUCAAUUCCGCCUUUAUGGUUCUCUAUGCUUUUGCCGCCGUGCUCAUAUGCUGGGUGGUGUGGGCUUACAAAGCUGCUUUCGGCAAACAAAUGUUACCGUUUGUCGGAGUGCCCGGUCCCGCUGUCGCGAUGAAUUAUGAGUUGAUCCAGGCCAACCUACCUGAAGCCGGGCUGACCGCCGCCUACCCCAUGAGUACAAUGGUGUACUUUCAAUUCGUUUUCGCCGCAAUCACAGUCGUCCUUAUCGCCGGUGCAGGGCUUGCGAGAAUGAAUUUUCUAGCGUGGAUGGCCUUUGUACCUCUGUGGGUGACACUCAGCUAUACCGUGGGCGCUUUCAGCAUUUGGGGCGGGGGAUUUCUGUAUGAUCUCGGCGUCUUGGAUUACUCCGGAGGAUACGUCAUCCAUGUCUCAUCCGGAACGGCCGGUUUUGUCAUGGCUUACUGGGUGGGACCACGACACCCUCGCGAUCGCGCGGAAUUUCAUCCCAACAACGUCCUUCUUUCGCUCGUGGGUGUUGGACUUCUCUGGCUGGGCUGGAACGGCUUCAACGGUGGUGAUCCGUAUACCGCCUCGCCGGAUGCGGGUGCCGCCGUGCUCAAUACUAACAUUUGUACGGCGAUGAGUAUGUUGACCUGGACCGUUCUGGACCUAGUAUUCUUCAAGAAACCUGCCGUAAUUGGUGCCAUUCAAGGUAUCAUCACGGGUCUGGUUGCCAUCACUCCGGCGGCCGGAUUUGUGGCGGGUUGGGGUGCCAUUAUCAUCGGGGCAUGCUCUGGUUCCAUCCCUUGGAUUUCCAUGAACGUCUUGGGCAAACAAAAAUGGUUCCUUGAGUUUUCCGACGAUGUUGUCGGGGAUUUCCACACCCACUUGGUUGGCGGUGUCGUCGGAGGAUUCUUGACCGGCCUGUUUGCCACCAGCGAAGGUACAGCCGCAUUUGCUCUUGCUCCAAGUGGUGGAGCCAUCGAUGGGAAUGGAAGACAAGUUUGGGUACAGAUUGUCGGAUUCCUCUUUGUUAUUGGUUGGAAUAUCUUCUGGACCAGUGCCAUAUGUCUCUUCAUCAAAUAUGUCCUGAGAAUUCCACUCAGGUACAACGAGGACCAACUGCUGAUCGGUGACGGCGAGGUUCACGGCGAGCUCCCUUACGCCUUCUUCCACGACGGUCAAUUUGAGUACGACCAGCAUUACGGCAAACCGACCGUCAAUGAGGAGAAGGCACUCGGUGGAGGUGUCUUGGAAGGCCACGAUGCUGCUGGCCGAGAUAUCAGUAGCGAGGAAGGCAUCAGCAGUGGAAAUGGCAUUGGCACGAAGACAACCAAGCAGGCGUGA